AUGCGUUUCACUGCUGCUGCCUCGGCCCUCAUGGCCGGCACCGCCAUGGCCAGCGCCAGCGACAGCCCCGUCUCCACCGACUACACCACGCAGCUCGUCACCAUCACCGCCUGCCCCAGCACCGUGACCAACUGCCCGGCCCGCUCCACCCAGGUGCUCACCAACGUGGUCCCUCUGACCACGUCCACCGUCUACACCACCAAGGUGUACACCAUCACGGCCUGCCCCAGCACCGUCACCGACUGCCCGGCUCGCAGCAUCGUCGUCAGCACCGAGACCAUUGCCGUCUCCACCACCGUGUGCCCCGUCGUGCCCACCACCGCUCCCGGCCAGUGGGGCAACUCUACCGUGGUCAUCCCCCCUCCCGCCACCGCCAACACCCAGUCCGCCCCCGGCUGCAACGGCAAGGACUGCCCCCCUCCUGCCGCCUCCACCGCCCCGGCCUGCAACGGCGAGGACUGCCCCCCUGCUGCUGCCACCACCGCCACCCAGCAGGCUCCUCCCGGCACCAGCCCCGCCGUCUGCGUCGCCUCCAACUCCGUCUCGGCCAUCACCAAGACUUACACCACCGUUCUCACCUCGGUUGAGUACGCCACCGUGCAGAUUCCUUGCCCCACUGGUCCUUCUGGCACUGGCCUGCCUCCCGCUCCCAGCGGCCCCUCUGGCAACCAGACCACCCCCAGCGUGCCUGUCCCCACCGCCGGCGCUGCCUCCCUCGCCGGCUCUGCCGUCUUCGCCGCCGUCGCCGGUGUUGCUGCCCUGAUCCUCGCUUAA